CUUUCCACCUCGUAUCAGCAGCGACAUCAGCGGGCAACAUGGCUGCCCCCAUGAAUACUGCGCCGUGCACGCUUCUGGUAAGAAAUAUACCGCAAGACGUCACAAAUAAUGAGCUACAACAAGUUUUUGGAGAAAUUGGGCCAACAAAGCGUUGCUUCAUCGUUCGAGACAAACUCAACCCUAAGGUUUUCAAAGGAAUUGGGUACGUAACGUUCGCCGUCCGCGACGAUGCUGAAGCUGCGUUGAAGCGCACCAUCAAACUACAUGAUAAUGCUCUUAGCGUUAAGAUCGCACCACACAAAUUCUCCAGACCCGUUGACAAAACUAUCGAAGAGGAAAAGAAGCCUCAGCGCAAGCUGUCUAAAGAAGAAAAGAAAGCCAAACGGAAACGAAAGGCUAGACUUAUAGUUCACAAUCUUUCAUUCAAAGCAGAUGAAGACAUUCUGCAAGAAACGUUCGGAAAAUAUGGACGAAUCUCUGAAAUCACCAUUCCAAAAAGACCCGACGGCAAAAUGCGAGGCUUCGCCUUUGUGCAGUUUGUUCAGACGAAGGACGCAAUCAAAGCGAUAAAUGGGUUGAAUGCAACGAGCAUAGCAGGACGUCCUGUGGCCGUGGAUUUUUCGUUGCCGAAAUCGAAGUUCGAAAGUAUUCGUAGCAAGAGUCAGGAACAAGGGACAAAAAGUGACAGUGAAGAUGACGCUUCAGAUGAGUGUGAUGACCAAGACGACAAUGACCGAGGUACGAAACAGGAUGAUAGUGCAAGUGAUUCUGAGGAAGAGGAUGAAGAUGACGACGAUGACAUUGAGCGUGGAGACAGCGAGGACUCAGAACGUGAGAGUGAAGGUGAUGAGGAGAGUGACGACGAAAGCGACGAUGAAAACGAAAAUCGCGAAACGAAUCGCUUCGCCAAGCCGAGGAACCUGGGAAGUACCGUAUUUGUGAGGAACCUUCCAUUUACAGUGCAACAGGAAGAAUUCCAGAAAGUGAUGGAGGCGUAUGGUACCUGUAAAUAUUGUCUUCUCUGUAGAGACCCCGCAACGGACCACCCGAAAGGAACGGCUUUCGUCUGCUACACGCAGGACGAAAGCGCAAAGAAGUGCAUCGAAGCAGCCGGGGCUUCCGAAGGAAUAGCGCUGGAGGGUCGUCGGUUGACGGUGACUCGCGCUCUCUCUCGUGAAGAACUCGAAGAAAAGACGAAAGCGGACAAGAAGAAAGAGAAGAAGGAUCGCCGUAACCUCUACCUGGCUCGUGAGGGUCUCGUUCGUCCCGGAACCGAAGGGGCUCACAAUGUGUCCGCGCAGGACAUGGCAAAGCGGGCACGGCUCCAAGCCCGCAAGAAGAAGCUCCUCCAAAACUUGCACUACUUCGUGUCACAGACGAGGCUGAGCGUUCACAAUCUUCCGCCGAGCGUCGACGAUCGCAAGCUCCGGACCCUCUUCCUGCGGCACGCUCCGCAGGGUGCCCGACUGACAGAAGCUCGGGUGAUGCGGAACCUCCAGACAGCCACUGCCGAGUCGAAAGGCUUCGGGUUUGUGACGUUCACUAAGCACGAAGACGCCCUCGCUGCCCUGCGGGAGGUGAACAACAACCCCGACGUGUUUGGGCCGAAGCGGAGGCCGAUAGUAGAGUUCUGUCUCGAGAACAGGGCAGUGCUUGUGGCAAAAGAGAGGAGGCUUCAGCGGAGCAAGCAAAAGGCGAAGGAGAUUCAGGCCGAGCAAGCGGGCCAGUCCGCACCCGACUCUGGCGCGGUUGAGCGAAAGCCGUUCAUGGGCACCUUGGCCAAUCGUAAAAUGAAGGGGAUGCCGACGCACGUGGGAGCUAAAGUGCGGACUAAAAAGGGGAGAAAGAAAAGUGUAGUGCAGAAAAAGGGAAAGGGUGAGGGAAAGGGAAGGCAGUUUAAGAGGCAGAAGGGAAAGAAUGUCCAAUCGGCCCACAAAAAUCCUGAUGCGUUCGGACAAACUGUUGAAAAGCACAAGAGAAAGUUGGAAGCAGCUGGUGGCAGUGGUGGUGGUGGUGGUAAACGGUGGAAAAAGUGGUUUCAGAAAUAAUAAAGCUCUACUCUCAAUGU